AUGGAGCUCCGGUCUUCAAUCGCAAAUACAUGCACUCCAUCGGAGCUUCGGCAAACCCUGCUCCCCCUCAGUUGCUACCUCCUCUCCGCUGCGCUCAGUCAUCGGAUCUCCCUCUCCAACCCCUAUGUCUCUAGGCCGCACUCGUCGACGGCGCUUGCCGACGACAUCAUCCCUCUCCUCGUCACAUCGUCACCGCUUGAACAUGUAGGGAAGGUGAGAUGGUUGUCGAUUUUGGGAAGGAGAGGGGAAGUAGGAGUCUUCGGGUUCGGAGUUGGAGGCCAUUUAAUCGUGAAAUUGAGAGGGGAAGAAGAGGCGGUGGUCAUUGUAGCAUCAGAAAAGUGGGAAAUUCAGAGUUUGGGUUCAUCAGUUCUUGGCUAUCUAUCUACUUCAGUGAUCAGUGUGAUUGGUGUUUCGAUGUUGGCAGAGGGUUCUGAAAUUAGGUUUGUCAUCAAUAAGUACAAGGGAGGUGAUUUUGGGUUUCUGGGUUUUCCAUGUGAGGGAGAAGAAGAUGGGUCUGAGGCAAGAGAAGUGAGACUGAAUAGCAAUUCAGAAGCAAUUGGGAGAGAACAGUUGAAGAUUUGCUUUUGGGGUGAUCUUGGUAAGGAGUUUGACAUGGCGGCUCUUCAGCAAAUGUCACCACCCGUGUUUGCUGUUUUGACAAGUUUAAGAGUAACUACAUUCAAAAGGGAGAUCACAGCAACAGAAACAAGACAUACAUGUGUUAUUUUCAAUCUAGCUGUUGCAGAUGCAGACAAAUACAAAACAAAUGAGUUCAGACCUAUGUCCGGAUUAAUCCCUAUUAAUUUGGUAUCAGAGCUCCGGUUGGAGCAUGGUGGAUCUCCAUGGCUCAUAACAGGCGCAAUGAGGAAGGAAUUGAGGAAGAAGUUUAUGCAUGAAAACUACCUUCAAAAUAACUUUUUGAAGCUGCACAACAUUCGACAGGGUAGUCGGACAGUGGAUGACUUUACAAAGGAGUUUGAUCUUCUUACCAUGAGGUGUGGUCUAGCUGAAGAGGAAGAACAAACGGUUGCAAGAUAUUUGGCAGGCUUGAGAAGAGAAAUUCAUGAUGUCGUAGUGCUACAACCAUGUUGGAGUUAUAGUGAGGUUUACCAACUAGCCAUACAAGUUGAAAAGCAACUGCAAAGUCGUUAUAAGAGGGGAGCAAGUGAAGAUUAUGAGGCUAAAAAAAUAGCGUCAUCAAGCACUCCCAAAAUCACACCCAUGUUGGACGCCAAUAUACGUGAACCCUUGAAGAAUCAAGCUGAACAUAAAGCGGAAGCUCGAGAGAGUAACAAAGGAAAAAAUGUGAAGUGUUUCAAGUGCUCAGGCCUAGGGCACAUUGCAUCAGAUUGUCCCAACCGGAGAGUUGUAAAUUUAGUGGAAGAGUUAGGGGAGAGCAGUAGUGCGGGGUUGGACGACAUGCCAACUUCUGAUGACUAUGGGGACCAAGAUGAAGAAGAAAUAACUUGGAGUGAUCACGGGGAAUCACUAGUCAUUCGCCAAACAAUGAGCGCAUCAAAAGUUGAGGAUGAUUCUGAGUGGCUCAAACACAACAUCUUUCACACAAAAUGUACCUCGAAUGGCAAGUAUCAAGACUCGCAAUGGUGUGAUGUAGCUCUCAUGGAUGCAUGUCACCUUUUACUAGGGCGUCCCUCGCAGUAUGAUAGGAAGUAUGUACAUGAUGGACAUCUAAACACCUACACCUUUGUUAAAGAUGGCAACAAAGUAAUUUUGGGCCCAUCUAGAUAUGAACACAAGCCUUCAUCAAAACAUGCAGAGGGUGACAACUUUCUCACGAUGUGUAAUUUCUUGAAUGAAUCUAAAGAGGAGGGUAUGUUCUAUAUGCUUAUUGGAAGAGAAGCUAAUGAUAAUGCUCAUGAGGCCCCUGAAGUAGUAGCCUCAUUGUUGAAAGAAUUUGUCGAUGUUGUUCCAGAAGAGUUACCAGUAGGACUACCACCUUUGAGGGAUAUCCAACAUCACAUUGAUUUUGUACCAGGAGCUAGCCUGCCGAAUAAACCUCAUUAUCGUAUGAGUCCCCAAGAAUAUGAUGAGCUUAAUAAGUAUGUGACUGAAUUGUUGAAGAAAGGAGUUAUCAGAGAGAGUAUGAGCCCAUGUGUAGUGUCGGCUUUGCUUACACCGAAGAAAGAUGGUACUUGGCAAAUGUGUGUGGAUAGCAGGGCAAUAAACAAAAUUGCUGUGAGGUAUAGAUUUCCAAUACCUCGUUUAGAAGACAUGCUAGAUCAUUUGGCAGGUGCAAAAGUAUUUUCAAAGAUUGAUCUAAGGAGCGGGUACCACCAGAUAAGAAUGAGACCUGGGGAUGAAUGGAAGACUGCAUUUAAAACCCGAGAUGGACUAUUUGAAUGGAUGGUGAUGCCUUUCGGACUAACAAAUGCCCCUAGCACAUUUAUGCGUAUCAUAAUUCAGGUCUUUUGUUCUUUCAUUGGCAAGUUUGUGGUUGUGUAUUUUGACGACAUUCUGGUCUAUAGCAGUGAUGUUAGCCAACUUAUGGAACACUUGAGACAAGUCUUUGAAGUGUUGAGAGCCGAGAAGCUAUAUGCGAAUUUGAAGAAGUGUGAAUUCUUGACAGAUAAACUAAUCUUUUUGGGUUUUGUUAUCUCUGUUGAUGGGAAUUUCAGUUCCAUCGUGGCACCAAUGACCGAUUGUUUAAAGGCUAGUACUUUUAAGUGCACAAACUCAGCAGAAAAGAGCUUCCAAGCAAUCAAAAUAGCCAUGACAAAGGCUCCUAUGUUAGCUCUUCCAGAUUACAAGAAGGUAUUUGAGGUUGAUUGUGAAGCUUCCAAGGUCAGGAUUGGAGCUGUUCUAAGUCAAGAAGGGAGACCUACGGCGUUCUAUAGUAAGAAGCUCAAUGAUGUUCGACAACGAUAUUCUACCUAUGAUGUUGAAUUCUAUGCAAUCAUAAGGCAUGCUACGUGGGUUGAAGAAUUGCAAGAGUAUGAUUUUGUCAUCAAGCACAAAUCAGGAGUUCAAAACAAGGUAGCUAAUGCUUUGAGUAGGCGGGAGACUUUGUUGUCGGUUAUGAAGAUAAGAGUUGAUGGGUUUGAGCAGCUGAAAGAUUUAUAUGAAGGCUCCCUACGUGUCUGGAUAAUUGAAGAACAACAUGGAGGUGGUUUAGGUGGACAUUUUAGGCGGGACAAGACUUUGGCAUUGAUUAGUGAGAAAUUUUAUUGGCCUAAGUUGCAAAAGGAUGUGGUAAAGUAUAUGCAGCGGUGUCGAACUUGCCAUAUAGCCAAGAGUAGGAGCCAAAAUACUGGGCUCUACACUCCUCUGCCUCAACCACAAGCUCCAUGGGAGGAUGUCAGCAUGGAUUUUGUUGUGAGACUUCCAAAAACAAGAAGUGGACAUGAUUCAAUAUUGGUCGUGGUUGACCGGUCCAAGCAUAGGAGCAUCCAAAUAAGUCCUUUUGAAGCUGUAUAUGGACGCAAUCCUAACAGCCCCAUGGAAUUAAUUCUGCUGCCGGUUGAAAAUAGGUUCAGUGGCGAUGCUCAAGACAUGGUGCAGCAUAUUAAGGCUCUUCACGAGAAGAUAAGCAGAAGAUUGAAAGCAAGUAACUUGAAGUACAAAGAAAGUGCUGAUCAACAUAGGAAAGAAAGAUUCCCAAGAGGAAAAUAUGGGAAACUACAUGAUCGAGGUGGGGGUCCGUAUAAAGUACUGAAGAAGGUUGGUUCUAAUGCAUACACUCUUGAACUACCAGCUAAUAUUGGUGUCUCCCCUACUUUCAAUGUUUCCGACUUGAAGGCCUAUCAUCGUGAGAAUGAAUGCACUGUGAUUGACUCGAGGGCGAGUCCUUCGCAACCCGGAGAACCUGAUGCAGGAGCAUCAACCCAGAGGCCUAAGAGAAAGACUCAAGCUCCACCGCACCUCAAGGACUAUGUGACCAACUAA